CUCAAAUCAAAGUCCUGCUGUCCAGCCCACGAAUGCACCAACGAUCCGCUUCUUGAAUGCUCAAAAUUCGACGGAACGCCUGCGAUCGCGGCAAAGGGGUGGCAGCAUGGGCCUUGUCAAGCUGCCCAACGAGCUGAUCCUGAUGCUCGACGAUUGGGCCGAUGUCCCGACUCUCGCUGCUCUUGCACGCACCUCUCGGCGGCUACAUGACCUCAUGAACCCCGUGCUUUACCGCCGCAGUGCCAAAGAACAACACUCGAGCGCUCUGCUGUGGGCUGCUGAGAAUGGGUUGGUCGAGACGGUGAAAUUAUGUCUCUCCCACGGAGCUGACAUCAACUUGCCCUUGUCCCUGCAGGAAGACGCUCAAGUGGGGGAUGUUCCGGCGUCAGGGACACCACUUCACUACGCAGUACGGCGAGGGCAUGACGAUCUCGUCGAGUACCUUCUCGACAAUGGCGCAGACCACCAGUGCUGGUGCACGCACCUGUGCGAGUGUGAAAUUCCAGUGAGCGCGGACAUCUUGCACGGGGUUAAGACUUGGACUUUCCACUGGUCUCCACUACACCUGGCGCUGUGUAAAGACCACACGUCGACCGCCAAAAUGCUCCUAGAACGGGGCGUCUCCUGCAAGAGGACACUCCAGGUGUCCUGGGGCCAUGGGCCGACGGCGAAGGAGCCAUACUCUACUACCUUUAAUGUGGUACAUGAGAUCGCCAUCCACAAGAGCGCGGAAGUUCUCGACUACAUGAUCGCCACGAACUACCCCUUGGGACCCCUGAGCGGCGUUCAGACUCUGAAUGGUAACACACCGCUUCACUAUCUCGCGAUCAAGCAUUCGCAGCAUUCGUUCACAAUUUUAUCCCAGCUUCUAAACACAGUAAGCCCUCGCCUCGACACAAAUAACGACAGCUUUCUCAGACCCAUCGAGUGCUUUAUCCAGGCGGGAGAUAUCGAAGCGGCACGCCUCCUUUUCUCGCUUGGCGCUCGCCCCUAUCAAAUAGACUCGUGCAUCCAGUCAGCGGCUCGGAUAAACAUCCGAGAGUCCGGCCAGCUGGGCCGCGACCGCAUGGAAAGGCGUAAUGAGCUUUUCCUUUGGCUCUUGGAUCAUGCUAUGGCUAAUUGUUUCCUCUUACGUGAUGUCAGCGAGAACUAUAUCAUCGCCGGUAGAUGGCAUCGUGUUUUCUUCGCCGCUUCCAAGCAGCCGGCCUUGCUACAAAGGCUCCUGGAUGAGGGGUUCAAGCCCUCCCUCUUGACUCGCGGUCACGGCUUGCUCACGGCAUUGGUUCAAUUCUUGACAAGGGUCAAAGGCCUGGAUAGCGAUCUGGCGCGCUCUUGCUGCGGGUCCAUAAGGCUGCUCACCCGGGCGGGCGAGCGGUGGGACGAGCGGACAACGACCACCAAUUCCAUUUCCACGACCCCUUUGGAGUAUCUUGUCAAGCACUGUGGCCACGUGGCUCGUGAGGUGCGAGAAACCUUGAUCGGUUGUCUCUUGGACACCCGGCCACCGGAAGAGACAGGGGCGGAGCGGGCGCACCUCGACAGCUUAUGCCAGUAUGCCUUGGGGCAGGGCGACACACAGACAUGUGAGGCCUUGAUCCGGCAUGUAGCUAAAAGCUCAAAUUCCUACAGGCGCUCGAAACCGGGACUUCAGGCCGAGACAAGUGCGACACGUACCUCUCCUAUCCGUACACGUUCGAGAUGUAAACGGACCAAGGAGACCACUUGACUGGAAUACAAUUGUACCUAGGGCUGUCCUCAUGGAAGAUAU